AUGCAGGUGACAUCCGUAUAAAGGUGAUGAAGAACUUGUGUGGCAUUAAUUUAUCAGGAUUUCCAUUUCUCUUCCUCAUCACCACAAAUAUUUUCAGUUCUCAGAUGUUUUGAGUCGCCUGAGGAUGGAUUCAGCAGACGCCGGAAUCAGCAGGGCCAAGUCGCUGGACUUGGCGCCGACGUCGACGCCACAAAGUCUGAGCCCCACAGCAAUAGCUGACACAGUGCCAAUUGUGGACGGCCAUGGUGGCACGAGCUUGUCGAGGAGGUCGAGCUUUGGGAAGAAGUUGGUAGGGUCUUCGCCGGGGAAGAAGGCGGCCUACCACCUCAAAAGGACGAUGAGCGGGCAAAUCAAGAUGGAGGCCGAAGAGGUCGGCGGUGGAGCGAGCCUGAGUCGAGCCUCCAGUGCAAGCUUGGGCUUCUCCUUCUCAUUCACCGGCUUCACUGCACUUCCUGGAGACAUUGCCUCUGAUGCCAGAUAUUUAAGUGGCGAUGAAAAUGGGCUUGAUAUAGAGACUGGAAAAGCUAGGAAAAAAAUGAUGUUAGAGCCAUCUUAUCCCAUAUAUCUGAAGUUCACAGAUGUUAGAUAUAAGGUAAUUCUCAAAAGAAUAACAACUAGCACUGAGAAAGAUAUUCUGCAAGGAAUUACAGGCUCUGCUAGACCUGGAGAACUCCUGGUUCUAAUGGGGCCUUCUGGAAGUGGGAAAACUUCUCUGCUGACCCUCCUCGGUGGAAGAACCAUAGGACAUAUCAUUCAAGGAUCGAUCACUUACAAUGAGGAACCAUAUUCCAAGUCCUUGAAGGGCAGGAUCGGAUUCGUGACUCAAGAUGAUGUUCUAUUUGCGCAUCUCACGGUAAGAGAAACGUUAACUUAUGCUGCUCUUCUUAGACUCCCAAGGACCAUGAGUAGGCAACAAAAGGAAGAGAGGGCCUUGAAUGUCAUCACUGAGCUUGGGCUUGAGAGAUGCCAAGAUACCAUUGUUGGAGGUUCCUUCAUCAGAGGAGUUUCAGGUGGUGAGAGGAAGAGAGUGUGCAUUGGGAAUGAGAUCCUUGUUAAUCCAUCCUUGUUGUUCCUUGAUGAGCCCACAUCAGGCCUUGAUUCAACAACAGCAUUACGAAUAGUUCAAGUGCUGGCUGAGAUAGCUGAGUCUGGCAAAACCGUGGUGACGACGAUCCAUCAACCGUCUAGCAGACUCUUUUACAGGUUUGACAAGCUGAUCCUGCUCGGAAAGGGUAGCUUGCUCUACUUUGGGAGAGUAUCAAAAGCUAUGUCUUACUUUGCAUCUAUCGGAUGCUCGCCUCUGAUUGCAAUGAACCCAGCAGAGUUCCUAUUGGAACUUGCAAAUGGAAACAUGAACGACGUCACAGUACCUUCAGAAUUGGAGGACAAAUUGAAGUCGAAAGAAUCGGAAAGCGACACGGGAGAUGGCAAGCUAUCACCAGAGGAUGUGCUAGAGUACCUUGUGGAGGCUUAUGAGACAAGAGUUGCUGAGAAGAAGAAGAAGAAGAUCCUGGCUCCGCUUCCGAUAAGCGAAGAUCUGAAGGCCCCAGUUUCAUCGCCCAAAAGGGAAUGGGGAACGAGCUGGUGGCAGCAAUACUCCAUUCUUUUCUGGAGAGGAUUGAAAGAAAGGAGACAUGAUUAUUUGAGUUGGAUGAGGGUCACUCAAGUUCUUGCAAUUGCAGUCAUUCUCGGCUUACUUUGGUGGCACUCCAAUAACAAUACAACUCUGAGGGGUUUAGAGGAUCAGGCAGGCUUGCUGUUCUUCAUAUCUGUAUUCUGGGGUUUCUUCCCUGUUUUCACAGCAAUCUUCACAUUUCCACAAGAAAGAGCAAUGCUGAACAAAGAAAGGGCAGAAGACAUGUACAGCCUAAGUGCAUACUUCAUGGCCAGGACAACAAGCGAUCUGCCGCUAGAUCUCUUCCUACCUGUACUGUUUUUGCUGAUUGUCUAUUUCAUGGCAGGACUAAGACUUAGCAUCGAACACUUUUUUCUCAGCAUGCUUGUUGUAUUUCUCACCAUUAUUGCUGCUCAGGGACUAGGGUUGGCUAUUGGUGCUUCAAUAAUGAACAUCAAGAAGGCAACUACUCUAGCUUCUGUGACAGUAAUGACCUUCAUGCUGGCUGGAGGAUUUUUUGUCAAGAGAGUUCCUGCGUUCAUCUCAUGGCUCCGCUACCUGUCGUUUAACUAUUACUCGUAUCGGCUCCUCCUAAAGGUUCAAUAUGAUCGUUUGCCACCCUCUUUUGAUAUCGAGAAACUGGACAAUGGCAUUAAAGAAGUUGCAGUGAUGAUCGGCAUGGUGUUUGUUUAUAGAUUCUUAGCAUAUAUUUCCUUGAGAAGAAUGAAGCUGCCCAAUUGAAUCUCUGAGAAACAGUUACAUAGUAAAUCUAUACGAGUUGAAUAAUUAUCAUCCUUGUGCAUUUUAGAUGCUACAGGAUGAUCAGAGAUCUGUGGCAAGACAAUAUCGUAAAUUUCAAAUUCCUCUAUUAUUGCUGUUCUAUCAA